AAAAUAUUAAAGAAUGGAAGAACAGAGACGAAGUGAUAAUUUGGAAUAUCGUAAAGAGCAAAAUCAUGCAUAUGCGCGACGUAUGAUUACAGCAAUUGCAAUUGUGCUAACUGUUCUAGCUAUUGUCUUGGUUACAGUAUCAUUGUUACUUGGUUCAAGGAUCGAUCAAAUAGUAAAGGAAACAUUUGAUACAAGCAUGAAAAUUUCUGGCAGUGAAUUAUUUAUUGGAUCGAAAACAAAUGUCACCAAUUUUGAAGAAUCAAGAACGAUGGAAGAAACAUAA